CCAUAAGUCGCUUAAAGUCUUUUCACUCCCAUUGCGGCGUAAAAUUGUUUAGUUUCUGCUGGUCCGUACGGUUUAUAAAGCAGUUUCUGUAAAGUGACACUUUGCGGGGGGCUUCGCUUAUUGACACAAUAUGGCGGAACACGUGGAAAACAAAGCCGCCCAUGCGGACUGUCAGCUCGGGCUGGUUACUACAUGUACUCUGCGGCGUCGACAUUGCAAGUGCACGAUGAUUUUAGUGAUUUAUGCUCGCAAAGGAUUUGCUGCAUCCGACCCCCGAGGAGGAGAAGAGGAGACACAAGAAAAAGCGUCUUGUACAGAGUCCCAAUUCCUAUUUCAUGGAUGUGAAAUGUCCAGGAUGCUACAAGAUCACCACAGUGUUUAGUCACGCUCAGACAGUCGUCCUGUGUGUCGGCUGCUCCACAGUCCUCUGUCAGCCUACAGGAGGGAAAGCUCGCCUCACAGAAGGAUGUUCAUUCAGAAGGAAACAACACUAGCUUGACCAGAAGUGGAUGGACACCGUCAGGGGAGAGAGAGAACAAAACUUGAUGGUUAUCAAGUGACACUGCCAAGGAGCUGACAAAGCAGGAGGAAAUGGAGCAGAAGGGAAAAAACAGAAUCAUGUAAUGUAAUAAAAGAAGCUGUCUAUCUUAAGUAUGUGCACAGAAGUACCGUGGCCUUGUGAAACCCUGCCAACACCACUCAUCCACUUGCUUUUCUCUCUUAAUAAACUUAGUGUCUUUUUUGGUAAAAUUAUCUUGCAUGCUUGUCAUCCAAUUUCCUGUUCUUUUUCUCUGAGAUUCUUACAUGUCAUUUGUCUACUGAAAGGCAAGGAUGCUUAAAUGUGUUGGUACAGAUCAGGGAGUUUAAGGACAUACUAGUUACUCUGGUACAUGGUAUCCUGUAAUGAUAUAAGGAUGUUUUGUGCAGAUUGAUUUGCCAUGCAUUUGUUUGGCAGUACACCAUUAGUUGACCAGCCACAAAUGGUUUACAACAUGGCGAGGGUAUAAAAUGAACUCUUGUAGAUGUUUUCCAACGGAAACUCAGCACUAUAGAUUAUGUAAAUUUUCCUUCAAACAUCAGAGCAUCUCCAGGAAGUGAUAAACACUGUGGCUUAGGUUGCAAAUUGCAUCCAAGGAGCUUCCCUUUACUGCACAGAGUUGUCCAAUUUUAUGGCUGCACUUUGCAAAAUUGAAAAUUCAGUGAUGCAUAUUAGCUCUGGUUGUAAAUCUAGACUCUUUCUUUCUGUGUGUCUGCCAAGUCAGUGACACAGUAAAGCAAACAUUUUAUUUGAGGUAGAGAAUGACAAGUGACAUAUCAGUGCCUGCUCCAGAGCCACUGGCGCCUGUGCAGGCCCCACCUUCUGUCUGAAUAGGGGUCAGUCCAGGGAAGGCAAUUGCUGGCCCCGCUGCUGCCGCUGCUGUUCACUGCUUAUAAAACACAGCACACAGUGAUGAGACAUUUUGUCAUCACAAUGGAAACUGCAGUUUUCUUUUGUGAAAAUUAGAUAAGUGAGUUUUUUGUAUGGCCUAUCUGUCACAACAACUGGACAGGUAUAGUAACAGCCAAUAUUGUUAAGAGUGUGUGACCUACUGUGCUGAUAGGUAUUGUUGGAGCUUGUGGGCACGUAGACCAGUGGCACAGUCCGCAUGUGUGACAGCAUUGAGUUGUACACUAAAUAAAAAAAUUAUAAUAAUCAAAUCAGGAGAGAAGGAGCAUUCCCAUGACAACUCAACUCUAUGGUUGCUAUGGUGACAUUUUCUAUGUGUCUUGCUUGUGCAUCAGACAAGGCUUGCAAAUAAAAUCUUGGUUUAUGGGAACA